AUGUCCACCACCAGCACUUAUUCCCCGUUUCGCAUCUCUCCCCGCGAUCGCGCCAAUUUGGAUCGCAAUGAGGCUUUCAGGCUUGUGAGGGAGCAUCUGAGGCGCCAGGAACUGGGCAUGAAAGCUCCUAGCUUUUGUGCCGAGCAUCGCCAUGAUACCCCCAGUCAAGAACAAGAAACCUUCCGGCUCCAUCGCGAUAUCAUCCACACCAUCCUUCUCCCUCUCUUUCUGCUCCACCACCAAGCCUCGCGUAUCGCAACCAAUGUGCUGCCACGCUACAAAGGCGCAGAAUGCGAACGGGCGUUCCGUGGUGAGGCGCGUGGUGCUUAUGCUUGGCUGCAUUCCAUUUUGAGCGAAGAGCAUGAUUGGUAUUUGACCGAACGCUGUCCCGCCUGUAUCGUUCUGCACGUUAUGAACUCGGAGCCGACCAUUCGAUUUGUCGCCGUGGCGUGUCUCCUGUCAGACCACUUGCAGGGUCUGGACCUCCCGAGCGCCAAGAGACGGCUGCCUAACUUCGACUUCUGGUACGAAUCACUCGAGAAUGCCGUUCGCCAGGAUACGUUUUGGGGCGAUGGCUUCUGGCCGGACAUUGAAUAUCGCGCCUGUGCCUUGACCGAUGGCGUGAAGCAGCUGGUGCUGCAGUGCUUGGAGCUGCAGGCUGCUCUGGACCGACAUGACCUGCAGCCUGAGUCGUCGUACCGACCGACUCAGCGCUCUCGGAAUGACUCGUCACGGCCGUCCGUUACGGUGAAGCAGUCCAGCUGCACGCAGCUCCCUGUCAUCGACGAAGAAGACCAGAAGCUCUUUGCCAAGGCCGGCGCCAAUCGCGGCAUGCAUCCCUGCCGCAAUGAGCGGCCGCAGAGAUUUCACGCUCGCCGCCAUGGUGACCCUCGCAGAAGAUCGGUGACAUCUUGA